AUGUCGGCAUAUCAGUCACUCAACUUCGGCUUCGAGCUCGAACUAUCGUUCAACAGUACCAAGAAGCACAAGACAUGGCUUUCCAUGGCCCAAGACACCAGCGCCCGCCUUACCAAAAAGGGGGUCAACAACCAAGUGAAGGAAAAGGUCGACCCCAACUAUCGUAAAUGGUCCAUCGUCCAGGAGAUCACCAUUCCUCAGCACCCAUCCAAGAACAAUUGGGCACUCGAAUUAGUAUCUCCCGUCUUCAGUCUCGGCUCCCCCUGGCUUGUCGACACCGGCAACAUCUUCUCUGCUCUCCAGAAGCACUGCUCCGUUCAGAACAUCCCGCAGUGUAGCACCCACGUCCAUGUAAGUCAGGCCGGGCAGGACUUCACUCCGUACCAACUGGCCGCUCUGUCAAAGGCAAUCCUCACGUAUGAAUCCUGCUUCGACCUGCUGGUGCCGGGCGACAGAGCCUCAGCGUACUGGUGUCAGAGUAACCGGUGGAACCCCAUUCUUUCCCAAUGCCAGACGCUGGAAGACUGCUUGGACCUCCUUGACGUGGCUGCCCAGCGCGGAACAUCGGCCGUCGUGGAAGUGAUGUGUAUCUUCCCGGCGUCGAGCGCCUAUGGCCGGGCUCACGGGAGGAAGAAGGACUUUGUCCACGGCAAAGUCUACAAGUGGAACUUUGCCCGCCUUCUCGGGAACGACAACGGACGUACUAUAGAGUUCCGACAACCAUCCGGCAGCACUUGUACGGAAGACGCUAUCGGAUGGGUGUUAUUGACCCUGGCGUUUGUCGCCGGAGCAACUGGAGGUGGAAAUUGCAUUGGGGCUUUGGAAACUGGUGGUGAUGACCAGACUGAGUUUUGGCAUCUUUUGUGCCACGGAGCGGAGGUUAUGGGCCUUGACCCCUUGUUGCUCGACGUUCUCGGUGGUUUCAUCAGCCGGGCUUCAACCUGA